GCUUGCGUUUCGCAUCAAAAUCGAUAUAAAGCACUUGUGUGUCUAACUUGUUUACAAAUAAUUUUUAAUAGUUGUGUAUUGUAUGGAGUGUUCAUACAAAAUAAUUACGUAGAGCUGUGUUUUAGAUAACAAUUUCCGAUUAUAUGUGCAACAGACGAAUAUUGAUAUAAAACUUUUAUCUUUUAAUAAUGAUUGAAAACAGACGUGCGUAAAAAUCGUGUUGUACCUACUAUAUCUUAAAGUUGUAAGAGCACAUUAGGUAUCAGUGGUAAGAGUGUACCUACAUCAAUUUUGUCUACUUAUCUUAAAAAAAAUCCUUUUGAUUUCUUGUUUUUUUCAACAAACUAGUUAGAACCGUUAUACAUAGAUCCACGGAUUGAUUUGUAUUGUAUACGUGUGUAUACAAACCACAAUGCCGAUAUAAUUAACACAAACUUUAAAUGUUUGAGUUCAGUAUCAAAAAGUUUUUAUUAUAAUUAUGUAUAUUUUGAAAAUUAAAAUUGUAAAAAUGCUAAUUAACUUCGUAUUCGCAAUAAUAUGCAUAUACGGAAUUCUUAUGCUAACAUGUAUUUUAUAUUCAAACGUAUCAUGUUCACAUCACGCGGUUUGCACGACACAUACGAGUGUAUUAUAUCGUAGACAUAAUACCAUUGACUUAAUGUGAAAUUAAAACAAUUUAGGUACUUCUGAAUGAAUCAUUCCAAAAAUCGUAGCGAUUCAAAUAACAACAAUACGCUCGUAAUUUUCAAAGUUUGAAUUUUAUUUUGAGUAUUUUAUUUUUUCGAAACUAGCGAUGCGUCUCUUUUUGUAUGAAUAAAUUUUCAUGCUUUGUGCUGUGUCAGUGUAAUCCAGUACUUAAAUACUAUAGUUAUAAUAGUAAAUAUCUAGUUUCGUCUAGAACAAUGAAAACAUAAGAAUGCUUACUGAAGAAGAAACUGUACGCAGACACCGCCACAGUUCGUGUUGAAUUUGCUUCUUAGUACACGCAUACUCCGAACAGAUUCACGGUAAGAACAAAUAUUAAAUAUCUUUAAAUUUUCAAUAGUAUUAUUUCAUAACAGUAAUUUAUCGUUCACAUAAAAAAUGGUGUGCCACAAUAAAAAGAAAACUCAUAUAAAUUAACAGCAGAUUCAUAAGCUCUGUCCACGAAACAAGGUAUUUAUUGGCAUUAAUUUGGAGAUCGAAGUCACACCCCUAGCUAUCAUAAUAUUUAUCAUAACGUGGAAUACCGUGGCCCAUCUGGAGAUAUCUGUAGUCAAUGAAAAAAACGAAGAAUUGUUUGUGCUGAAUAACGGAAUCAUAGUCUUGAAAAAAACAAGAACACAUAACAGUUUCUCACUAGAAAUUGGCACUAUAGUGGCAUCUACGAAUUUUGACCGACAUUUCCGUUUUACGAACAAUAUGCAUGAUAGAGGAGUGAGAGAGAAUUAUUAUUAUUCAUAAUAGUUAAUAAUUUAACUGAAUUUCUCUUAUAUACAUAUUAUAAUUAUAUUGGCCGUUUUUAUGCUUCGUUGUGUAUCUUUUGGUUUUCCGCAGUAAAUGAAUUAAAUGUGAAUUAAUCAAUGUUAAAUAACCGAAUACUUAAAGAAAUACUUAUAGCCUGACAAUUAUCAUUUGAACAAACAUGAAACGUUCUGAACAUUCGUCUAGUCACUCUAGUCGAUACAGCGAGCCAAGCGAAUCGUCGGUGAAGAUUUGAGCAGACGCUUGUUUUACGAUAAAACCAUCAUCUGAGUAUUACACUUUUUGUCGGGCUGUAAUUUUGAACGUCUUUAACAUAUUUUCAUUUCCUUCUCACAGAGUGCUAGUGGAACUUAAACAUUGAACAAUAUGAGACGUUUUCAAUUUAACACCAUCCAACUAUUCAUCAGUUUCGGAAAACGACAGACAAAUGUUUUUAACAAUGGAGCAGUUCGCGCAGAUUUUUUUGAUGCAACGCUGCUCUCGUGCAGAUCAGUUCACAUGCAAAACAUCAGUAAAAACAUGCAGUACAUAAGCAAAGAAGACAGAAAAAUUACUUUAGACCCGUAUACUAUGAAAACAAACAAUCCGAUUCAAAGACCACUAUGCGUAAUGAUGAACUGGAUGCUAGCGAAGCCCAAGCACGUACUAAAGUACGCUAAUGUUUACCUAGAGCAGGACUUUGACGUUGUGGCCGUAUCGUGCUCGCCGAUGCAACUCAUGUGGCCAGUCAAAGGCUCAAAGAUAAUUGCGGCAGACAUGAUGAAAUUUUUAGAAAACAAUCCGUCCUACGGUCCUCUCGUCGUACACGGAUUCUCAGUGGGAGCAUAUGUAUGGGCUGAACUACUGGUUCAUUCUUUAGAAAACAAGGAAAGGUACCAACCCGUUCUCGACCGUGUUAACGCACAAAUUUGGGACUCACCAGCCGAUGUGUAUGAAAUCCCCAUUGGACUUCCAAAUGCUGUGUUCCCUAAGAAUAAGAUCCUCCAGAAAGCUCUCAGAGCUUACACAAUCUUUCAUAUGAAAUUGUUAAAUGAUGUGGCGACUAAACACUACAUGCGUGCAACACAAGUUUACCACAACACACCUUGUCGAGCGCCGGGACUGUUCCUAUGUUCGUUGACGGAUCCCAUCGGCGCAGCCAAACGAAGUAGGCACGCUCAUGACACGUGGAAGUCUCUGGGAGUCAAGGUUAACUGGAAGUGCUGGGACAAAUCUCCUCACAUACAACAUUUCAUUUACCAUACAGAAGAAUAUCUUGCAGCACUCUAUUCACAUUUAGGACAAUCAGGGGUAAUUAAGCCGAUAGCACAAAGGUAAAAGUCUUAGGUAAACUAUAAAUAGAUAAUAAUAAAAAAGAAUAACAGGUCGACAAAAAAGAAACCGAAUACCACAUAAUAUAUUUUUUUUAUUUUGUUUUACUCAUAAAGAUCAUAUUAAAUGAACACUUUACA